CAUCCUCAGCGGCAGGGAAGGAGAAAGCAGGAGAGAAGUAGAGCUCUCGAGGCCGACACGACCCGUCUAGAACUCGCAGCCGCGGAAGGCCGCCACUGUUGCUUGCGCCGUGAGAGGAACCUCCGGCCAGGUCCCCACCGGCUUUUUCUCUCUCUCCCCACCCGCCGCAGCCAGCCAUGUCGGCCCAGGCGCAGAUGCGGGCCCUGCUGGAUCAGCUCAUGGGCACGGCCCGGGACGGAGACGAAACCAGACAGAGGGUGAAGUUUACAGAUGAUCGUGUCUGCAAGAGCCAUCUCCUGGACUGCUGUCCUCAUGACAUUCUGGCUGGAACGCGAAUGGACUUAGGAGAAUGUACAAAAAUUCACGACUUGGCCCUUCGAGCAGAUUAUGAGAUAGCAAGUAAAGAGAGAGACCUGUUUUUUGAGCUGGACGCAAUGGAUCAUCUGGAGUCCUUUAUUGCAGAGUGUGACAGGAGAACUGAACUUGCUAAGAAACGGCUUGCUGAAACACAGGAAGAGAUCAGUGCUGAGGUUUCUGCAAAGGCAGAAAAAGUACAUGAAUUGAAUGAAGAAAUUGGCAAACUGCUAGCUAAAGCUGAACAGCUGGGAGCUGAAGGAAAUGUGGAUGAAUCCCAGAAGAUCCUUAUGGAAGUGGAGAAAGUUCGAGCAAAGAAAAAAGAAGCUGAGGAGGAAUAUAGAAAUUCCAUGCCAGCAUCCAGUUUCCAGCAGCAGAAACUUCGAGUCUGUGAGGUGUGUUCUGCAUACCUUGGUCUCCAUGAUAAUGAUCGUCGUCUUGCAGAUCACUUCGGGGGCAAAUUACACUUGGGAUUUAUUCAAAUUCGUGAGAAACUGGAUCAGUUGAGGAAAACAGUGGCAGAAAAACAGGAGAAAAGAAAUCAAGAUCGUUUGAGGAAGAGAGAAGAGCGAGAACGAGAAGAAAGAAUGGGCCGAAGGUCUGGAUCAAGAACUAGAGAUCGAAGAAGGUCACGAUCUCGGGACAGGCGGCGAAGGCGGUCAAGGUCAGGCUCUCGUGAGAGGCGAAAGUCCCGGUCACGAUCUCGGGACAGACAUAGGCGCCACCGAAGCCGCUCACGUAGCCAUAGCAGGGGUCAUCGACGAGGUUCCAGAGACAGAAGUUCGAAACACAAAUCUAGAGAUCAGUCUUCAAGAGAGAAGUCCCAGGAUAAGGAGAGAAGGGAAAAGAGCUUUGCUGAUAAAAGGCAUGAGGGUACAAAUGGCAACGCUGGUUCAAAGAGAUCAGAAGAAAGAGAAGCUGGCGAGAUCUGAACUCACACUCUGUGUUGCACUGUAAAUAGUCUGAUAAACAUUCUACACACAGCCUAAAUUUACCAUUUAUAUUUGCUGAAUACAACUCAUCUUUUGUAGUUUUAAAUUUUUAUUGUUUUGAAGAUAGCUGUGAGUUUAUAGAGAUACAGAGUUACAUACCGUUUACUGGAAUUUUGUUUAGUAAGAAUAUAAGAAAACAUGAUCUGAUGGAUUGUCUUCAGUAUAGGCCAGUGACACCCAUGUAACUUGUUGGUUGCCUCACCCCAAUGAAUGCAGCAGUUAGCCCCAUGGUCAGAAAUGUAAUCAUUUCCCCUCCCUCUUUCCCCCCUUCCCCCAUUUAUGUCCUUUAGAAAACAUUCACCUUGACCUUUCAGAGACUUGAACUAUAAGAUUAGUUGAUAACAUAAUUACUACUGGUGCUGAAUUUGCUAUUUCUGUUAGGUUUAUACACAGAAGAAUCAAGAAUUUAAAAUAUUUGGCCACUUCAUUUUGAGUUUCUCUUAUCUGAUGCUUCCAGUCCAGAAUAUUAUUAUUUGUACUCUCCAUUUAGACAUUUUUGCUUCAGAAAGGUAACCAGAGCACCUUGUGUACCUUAUGGGUGGGAUGCCCGGAGUCACUUAAAAUUAUCUGAUUUUAAAAGCCAGAAUCAAAUUGGCUAUAAAUUUGGCUCUUUUGUUCAUUCUGUAUUUUGUGGAUCCCUCCUAAGUUAAAACAUCGGUGCAUAAAGCACCUAUAAAGAGUCUACAUAUGCUGAAUUGAUUUUUGUAUAGUACAGGUUGACCCCUUUAAAAAAUAUCAUACGACUUGAGCACAGAUCUUGUGGGAUUGUGUCUUUAUUGAAUUCUACAGUGUAGUCUCUUUGUUUACCACUUAUAUUUGAGACAAAGAUAAAUCAAUAUGUAAUCAAAUUAUAUAUCCAGAAAUUCUCGUCAGUAGGGGCACUGUUAAAAAGUUGGUGCGUGAGCACCUGGGCUUCUAGGGUUGCCGUAGUUCUUUUUUCUUUGUUUUUGUUUUAUUUUUUUGAAUAGUACUUGAUUACAUAACUAAUCUCUUCAUCUGAAUUGAUUUCUUCUGUUUCUUGAGGCAGCCAAGUAGCUUUGACUGCAGUCUCUUAAACUUUAUCCCACGGACUAAUUUGUUUUAAUUCCAUAAAGCAGUUGUUUUACAUUGAUACCAAAUGAAUAUUUUCAAAUUUGGUGAACAUGUUAUUUGUAGAUAUUACAGAAAUUUCCAUUUUUUAGUUUUAAGUGGGGAGGAGAGUUUUGAGGAGCUGAGCUUCUAAUAAACUUUUUUUCUUUUUAACAUAGACCCUCCCAUGUUAAGUUUCUGUGGAUAUACAGAGCUGUUCUUGGUCUGUUUGGUCUUAUUGAUGCAUGUUUAGCUAUUGCAGGAAUCUAGUUCUGUUUUUUCCAGCAACUAUUACAUUUUAAUUAUGGGUUAUUUGUAGUCUCUACUAUGUUCAGGGUUCUCCUUUUCCAUGUACUCCUCGUCCCCCAUGGCCCUUCCCUCCUGCUCUCAACCCCCAAGGAGAGGUUAGGCCUAUGGCCUUGGUGUGUUUCUCUUUCUUGAACAAAAUGGACCUAGUGUCCCAAAGCUUCUGAUAAUGGAUUCCACAUUAAAAAGGCAGUGGUAGAAUGGAACCCACAUUACAUCAAUUUGUUGUUUGUGCAACAUUUUGCAAAUCUCAUGACAACUGGGAGUUGUUUCUUUUGUGGCACCUUUGCUUAUGAGGAAUUUUGGUCUAAGUAUACAAAUGUAAGUAAAAUCCGCUGUUCUCUUGCCAGUCUAACUCACAUUAAAGAUUUAUGUUUAUGUCGCUUGGA